AAGGUGAAAAUAUUAUUAUUAUUAUUAUUAUUAUUAUGGAAGUGGGUUGAAGUUGUAAAUCAGAUGAGACCAGACCGCUGGCUGGUUGCCGGCUUGCUUUCUUCCAUUUCCCCUAACUUUGCCCUGAAAGAGAAAACAUAGCCGCAUUUGUGAAUGAAUCUAUAUAACACACUGUGAUCAGAGCCCUCCUCAGCCGCCUUUGGAUCCAUUUCUGAAUCUAUACUUACACACAUAUAUAAAUAUAUCUCUUUCUCUCUCUCUCUCUCUCUCCGUGCGUAUAUCUGUAUAUAUAUGCUAUGGCGGUGGGGAGCAUUAUGGUUACGGGCGGCGCCGGUUACAUUGGAAGCCACACCGUGCUUCAACUCCUCCUCGACGGUUACCAGGUCGCCGUGAUCGACAAUCUCGACAAUUCCUCCGCAACCGCGAUCCAGCGCGUUCGCGAACUCGCCGCUCAUCACGGCCCCAGCGUUACGUUUCAUCAGAUGGACCUCCGAGAUAAGCCUGCUCUCGACAAGCUUUUUGCGUCGACAAAAUUUGAUGCUGUUAUACAUUUUGCUGGACUUAAAGCAGUUGGUGAGAGUGUGGAGAAACCAUUAAUGUAUUAUGACAACAAUGUUGUUGGUACAAUCACUUUGUUGGAAGUCAUGGCUACCCAUGGAUGCAAAAAGCUUGUAUUUUCAUCUUCGGCUGCAGUUUAUGGCUGGCCAAAGGUGGUGCCAUGCACAGAGGAGUACCCCCUCUCUGCUGCAAACCCAUAUGGAAGAACCAAGCUCUUCAUUGAAGAAAUAUGCCGUGAUAUCCACCGCAUAGAUAGUGAAUGGAAAAUCAUAAUGCUCCGAUACUUCAAUCCUGUUGGUGCCCAUCCAAGUGGCUAUAUUGGUGAAGAUCCUCGUGGGAUCCCAAACAAUCUCAUGCCAUUUAUGCAACAAGUAGCUGUUGGUAGACGACCUGCCCUCACGGUAUUUGGAAGCGAUUACUCGACAAGGGAUGGUACAGGGGUUCGUGACUACAUUCAUGUCGUGGAUUUAGCAGACGGACACAUUGCCGCCCUGAACAAGUUAUCUGAUCCCUCUAUAGGUUGUGAAGUCUACAAUCUUGGAACUGGAAAAGGUACAUCUGUUUUGGAAAUGGUAGCAGCCUUCGAAAAGGCUUCUGGAAAGGAAAUUCCUGUUGUGUUUUCUGGGCGAAGACCUGGGGAUGCAGAGAUUCUUUAUGCAUCAACAAAGAAGGCUGAACUUGAGUUGAACUGGAAGGCGAAAUAUGACAUUAAUGAGAUGUGUAGUCACCAGUGGAACUGGGCCAGCAAGAACCCUUAUGGCUAUAAACCUUCGGAAUCCAAAUCUUGACCGUAGGGACUUUUAAUUUGUGCGUCUUGUUUUUGGAUUAACUUUAGUUCAGUAUUUCUCUUGUAUUUAGGGGUUUUAGCUAAAUUUAUUAAGAUUUGGUGCAAUUUUGCCCUUAGUUGAUUGUUUGGUUUUGCUCAAUAAUUGCUAGGCAUCUUGUAAAAGACUGGUGGUUAUGUAGAUAUAUGACUGGGAAUCCUCUAAACAAAAUGGCUUGAAAACAGACUUCCAAACGUUUGUUGUGUCCUCUUCCUUCUUCUGGCGGUUGCCUU